AUGAAAUUUUUUAUAAUUACAUUAUUUGUGGUGAUAUCCACUAAUUUAAUAAAUUGUGAUGUCUUCACAUCUAUUGCUGAUUUAAAAAAUCUUAUUGAAAUGGAAAGACAAUUUCCUGAUGUUAUUGAAAAUUACAUUGAAAGUGAGAAAGAUCGAUUAGAGACAUUACGAAGAAUUGCAACACAAUUUAAAUCUGGAGAAAUGAAAAGAGAUAUAGAAAAUAUGACAAAUCCUAUUAAUGCAUUUAAAACUAUUAAAGAAAUGACAGAAAAAUUUAAUAAAAUUUCUGUUGUAAUGAAAGAAAAUAAAGGUGAAUCUUUCUUGGGAGAUUUUGCUAACUCACAUACAAGAAGUUUUCCUGGUGAUGAAGACCUUAAUGGAGCAGCAAUUGGUCUUUUAAGAUUACAAGAUACUUACAGAUUAGAUACAAAAGAACUAACUGAAGGUAUAAUUCAUGGAAAUAAAAAAAGUGAAAGAAUGACCAUUGAGGAUAUCUUUGAAAUUGGACGUCAAUCAUAUACUUCUGAAGACUAUUAUCAUUGUCUCAUGUGGAUGGAAGUAGCAAAAGAGCGUGCUUUAGAAAGUGAUAGUAAUCAUAGGUUAUUACCUGAAAUUAUGGAAUAUUUGUCAUUCUCAUAUUAUAAACAAGGUAAUUUAAAACAUGCAUUAAGAGAAAUUGAAGAAAUAGUUAAAAUUGCUCCAAAUCAUCCACGUGCAAAACGUAAUGUUAAAUGGUAUGAAGAUGAAUUAGAGAAACAGGGCGUUAAAAAAUCAGAAAUGAGAAGAAAUUUUGGUAGAGUUCAAAAUCGACGACCUGGAAGUUAUGAUGAUUCUGAAAGAACAAUUACUGAAGCAUUAUGUAGAAAUGAAGUUCCUGUUAGUGUUAAAGAAUUAUCUAAAUUAUAUUGUUAUUACAAAAGAGAUAGACCAUACCUUAUUCUUGCACCAUUUAAAGUUGAAAUCUUAAGAUUUAAUCCUUUAGCUGUAUUAUUUAAAAAUGUUAUGAAUGAUGAUGAAAUUUCUACAAUACAAGAUUUAGCUACACCUAAACUUGCUCGUGCAACUGUUCAAGAUUCAGUAACUGGAAAAUUAGUACAUGCUUCUUAUAGAAUAUCAAAAAGUGCCUGGUUAAGAGAACAUGAACAUGAAGUUGUAAAAAGAGUAAAUAAUAGAAUAGAUUUAAUGACUAAUCUUGAGCAAGAAACUGCUGAAGAACUUCAAAUUGCUAAUUAUGGUAUUGGUGGACAUUAUGAUCCUCAUUUUGAUUUUGCUAGAAAAGAGGAAGUAAAAGCAUUUUCUGAUUUAGGAACAGGAAAUAGAAUUGCAACAGUACUUUUUUAUAUGACAGAACCUGAAAUUGGUGGUGGAACAGUUUUUACAGAAUUAAAGACUGCUGUUCAACCUUCUAAGUAUGAUGCACUCUUUUGGUAUAAUUUACUUAGAUCAGGAGAAGGUGAUCUUAGAACAAGGCAUGCAGCUUGUCCAGUAUUGUUGGGUGUAAAAUGGGUAUCUAAUAAAUGGAUUCAUGAACUUGGACAAGAAACAAGAAGACCAUGUGGUUUAAAACCACAUAUUCAAGAACGGUUUGUUGGUGAUUUAGGUGGUCCAGAACCUCGAAAUGCUCCAAAUUUUCAUCCAUAA